UGCCAUACGAAUAGUUCCUAAAGCUCUUUCCAAACAAUGUUAUCAUUAAAUACAUAUCAAUAUAAAAAACUUGAUCUGCAACGUACUUUGUCAUAACCCUAAACAUCGAUUUAAUUCAUAUAAUAAAGUUGCAACAAAUCAGUAAGGUGUUAUUAGUGUGUUUUAAUCUGUGGAAGUCAACAAGACUUCAAUAAAAACACUAAAAUGUGCACGUAAAUGUUAUUUUCUAAGUUAACCUAAAAUUUGAAAUGUCAUUUACGGGGCGCCCCCCCAUGGGGCCGAAUAUGGCAUAUAUGCCCCCAAAUAUGAUGCCACCCAUGCCGGUCAUGCAGAUGCCACCUCAUGUAAUGCCCGGAGGUAUGCCAAUGAGGCCAUUUUGUCCACCGGGACCUCCACCUAUGAGACCGCCUUUCAACAAACCGCCUCCACAAAUAUCAGCACCUCCUCAACCUGCACAGGCACCUGCACCGACUGGUACAAGCGAUGGACCAGCAGUCACCGUCUUUGUUGGCAAUAUAACAGAAAAGGCUCCUGAUACCAUGAUCAGGCAGAUUCUUUCAGCUUGUGGUCCAGUUGUUUCUUGGAAACGGGUUUCUGCAUUUGGAUUUUGUGAAUUUAGUUGUCCAGAAGCUGGUUUAAGAGCAGUACGUUUGCUACAUGAUUUAGAGAUUGGAGGGAAAAAACUGGUUGCUAAAGUUGAUGCAAAAACUAAAAUAGUAUUAGAUGAAUAUAAAGCUGAAGAAAGAAAGAAAUUGAAACCAGAUGAUUCAUCUCCAACCCAAGAUGAAGUUGAGUGUGAUUCAGAAUAUAUGAAUGACAACGCUCGUGAUUCAGAUAAAACUGCUAUGAUAAAAAUCAAAGCAACAAUUUCUGAAUAUGAAAAUGAUAUUAAUAAUUUCGAUGCUAUCAGGAAGACUGUAUUUCUUUUUGCAGAAGAACAAAUUGAAAAGCGAAAUAAGAUUCUACAGGAAGCUGAUAUUGAAGAGGGCAAAAGAGAUCUGAUCACAAGAGAAAUUGGCGAUUCACUAUUAUUCACAGGUGACCCGCUACUAUUCAAAGAAUCAGACUUUGCAUCAACAUCAUCAGUUUUGUUAUAA